GGAGAAUUGCCGCCUGAAUUUUUUCUUGUCCUUCAUGGCGAAAGAUGUUAUCCGCAGGCUCCACUCGUCAACAAAUAUUUACUGCAGUUCAAUCCAAUACAAAGCACCAGUAUGCUCUUGAAAAAUAUAGCCAACGCUUAACCGCUGAGCUACAGGAAAUUGAUAAACUUUUGGCAGCAGCAGACGUCGGCGACUCCGACAGCGAACAACCUGGUGAUGUAGAAAUACAGGGUGCUUCACGCGCCACUGGUCCUAUCCCAGAGCAUGAGUUUUUGAACCCCGUUUCACCAUUCUUCAGCGAAGCCAUCAAGCGGUCCAGAUAUUGCAAAUCUACGGUCACUCAUGCUAUGAGGCCUAAGGAAUUAGAUACCCUUACGGAUGCGGUUACAGCUGAAUUCCGACGUCUGAGGGUUCUGGAGGGUCAAGGAAGUACGUCCAGUGCCAUAGAUCUCACAACUAAUACCGAUAGACUAAACUGGAAGACAAUUGCUGAGAAGGUCUCUGAUGCAUCGUAUUUUCUUCGCAGCGACCGCGAAUGCAAAACCAAAUGGCUUGGGUAUCAGCGCCCGGGAAUAUGUCAUGAUGAUUGGACUUUGGACGAACUGAAGAAGUUGAAAGAAAUCGUCGCGGAAAAGGAAAAAGAUGAGGAGUAUGAAUUGGAUUGGGUAGAUGUCGCUCAGGAAUUAGGUACUAACCGUACGCCAAUAGAUUGUAUGCGCCACGGGUUCAAGAGAGUGAAUCAUACAUGGGCCCCAGAAGCUGAUAGAAAGCUGUUCGAAGCUGUUCAAGUGUAUGGAAUUGAAAAUUGGGCUCUCGUGGCCAUCCAUGUCUCGCCGAAUGUUACCUCCGUUCAAUGUCAGAUGCGGUACAAUCGCUCUCUUGAUCCAUUGUUGAAUAAAUCUCCUUGGAGCAGUGCUGAGGACGAACGGUUGAAUGAAAUUGUCAGUGUGCUGGGAUCAUCUAGCUGGCCUGAUGUUGCGAGGCACAUACCUGGUCGAACAAACGAGAUGUGUAGAGAGAGGUAUUUAGAAAGAAUCAAAGCUAAGGGUCAAAUCAAUAAGGGCAAAGCCAAGGCGAAAGCGGAGGAUGAUGAUGGAAACUCAGUACAAGAGACGGAGGGAGAUGAACGGAGGGAGGCCAUUGCGAGGUCCGAAUGGACGAAGGAAGAAGAUGAAGAGUUGGUUCGGAUGGUAGGAGAAAUGGGAAACAAGUGGCAGAAAAUUAGUGCAGCCACGGGUGGGGUCCACACCAAUGUUCAAUGUCGCAUCAGGUACAAGAAGCUCAAGAAUGGUACUCUAUCAACCGAUACCAAUCGCAGCUCCCAUUCUGUUUCCAUUACAAAUGACCAGCCGUCUAAACCAUCUGCGCCUCCGCUACCUGAUCUUAGUCCUAACGCGUAUUUGAGCCUUGCGCCUUCUGGAUCCAGGCAUGCCCUCAGUUUCAUUACAAGUGAUUCUCAUCCUCCGAUUUUACAACUUGCGCCAACUUCCAUUGCGCAAUCAUCUACCUCCCCGAACGUUUCUAUAGCGCAACCUUCAGAAUCUUCCCUGGCAUUGGCUAAACCGAGACCCAAGCCAAAAUCAAAGGCAAAGACGAAUGUACCACCUCAAUCGAUGACCUCUCAUACCAAUACCACACACAAUUCGCACGAUAACGAACAACAACCUUUCUCUUCCAAUUCUGCUGUUGUUACAAGUUCUGUGAUAUCAUCGUCUGCUACCGCUGUGAGCUCUGCAUUCUCCUUCUCUUGAUAAUGCAAUUGAAUCUCAAUCCUUCUAGCCUCCCCGUCCGGCACGAAAACGCCCAUCUCAUCGACGUGCCGCUGUACUGUCCACAGAAAAUUUAGAGACCUUGCAACCAACAAGGGGUGUUACUUCUGUACUAAGUCAAGCUCAGAUAAGAGGAUGGGAAGCAGAAGGUCAUAGCAGU